ACGCCUAUCUCUCCCCGUUAACAUUCCUAGAAUAAUACAACUACACUGAAUUCAAUUAAUUCUGUAUCCGCAUCUGCAUCUCCUUCUAUUUAUAUAAUUACAUCGUCAAGAUCGAAAUCUGAGUUAGUGUGCCAGAGUUCACACAACAAACACAUUUCUAAAAUCUCUCUGCAUCUCUCCCGACUAACAGACAGAGCGAGAGAGAGAGAGAGAGAGAUGGAGGCAUUUUACUACCUGGUGUUCGGGUUACUGGGAGUGAUAGUAGCAGCAACGGAGCUGAGCAAGAGCAACAAAGAUCGAAUCACCACUUCUCAGCCUUUUAGCGCUUUCAAAAAUAAUUACCUCGUGGUGUACUCUCUUAUGAUGGCGGGUGACUGGUUGCAGGGACCAUAUGUGUACUACCUUUACACAACCUAUGGCUAUGGUAAGGGAGACAUUGGACAACUCUUUAUUGCUGGUUUUGGAUCUUCCAUGUUGUUCGGAACAAUUGUUGGAUCUCUGGCAGAUAAAACGGGUAGGAAACGCGCAUGCGUAACUUACUGCAUUACUUACAUACUGAGUUGCUUCACUAAACACUCUCCUCACUAUAAAGUCCUCAUGUUGGGUCGUAUUUUGGGUGGUAUUGCUACAUCCCUUUUGUUUUCGUCAUUCGAGUCGUGGCUUGUGGCUGAGCACAACAAGAGAAAUUUUGAUCAGCAAUGGCUCUCACUAACAUUUUCCAAGGCAGUAUUUCUUGGAAAUGGUCUUGUUGCAAUAAUCUCUGGGCUAUUCGGUAAUAUGCUUGUUGACUCCCUAAAUCUUGGGCCUGUGGCACCAUUUGAUGCUGCUGCAUGCUUUCUUGCCAUUGGUAUGGCCAUCAUAAUGUCAUCCUGGUCGGAGAACUAUGGAGACCCUUCAGAAAGCAAGGACUUGCUUACUCAGUUUAAAGGCGCUGCAGUGGCUAUAGCUUCAGAUGAGAAGAUUGCUUUGUUGGGUGCUAUACAGUCAUUGUUUGAAGGGUCUAUGUAUACCUUUGUGUUUCUCUGGACUCCUGCUUUGAGUCCAAAUGACGAGGAUAUUCCCCAUGGUUUCAUUUUUGCUACUUUCAUGAUGGCGUCAAUGCUCGGAAGUUCAUUUGCGUCUCGCUUGAUGGCUCGCUCAUCAAUUAAAGUUGAGGGCUAUAUGCAGAUUGUAUUUGUGGUUUCUGCUGCCUCCCUGUUGCUUCCCAUAUUGACAUCGUUGCUGGUAUCUCCUUCUAAUGUGAAAGGUGGAGGUAUUAAAUUUGCAGGUUGUCUUCAGCUUCUUGGCUUCUGUACCUUUGAGGCUUGUGUAGGUAUCUUCUGGCCGUCUAUAAUGAAGAUGAGGUCCCAAUACAUCCCUGAAGAGGCUAGAAGCACCAUCAUGAAUUUCUUCCGCAUUCCUCUGAACAUAUUUGUGUGCAUCGUUUUGUAUAAUGUCAAUGCAUUCCCUAUCACUGUUAUGUUUGGCAUGUGCUCCAUCUUUCUUUUCGUGGCAGCACUGUUGCAAAGGAGGUUGUCAGUUAUUGCAGAUAAGACGAAGACAGAAGAAUGGUCACAGUUGAGGGAGAGGGAUGCAGAGGCUGAACCCCUGAAUGAUGCUUAGUAUCAGAAUUUUGGUUUAAGCAAUGGAAAAAUUCAAAAAGUGGUGUAGAACUCAAUCUAGUUAACUAUAUAUCGAGACUAGUGGUGCCAACAAUUUAUAGUAGUUUUGGCUUCUGGGAAGAAGUGGUUAUGGAGAUGCUAUUAUCCGGCUCUUGGGCAUAGGUUCCAGCAGAAACAUGUAACACGCACACUUCUACUGCUGGGAAGAUUUAUCAUUCAACUGUUUGCUACUAGUCUUGUUAUCUUCUUUUAUAUAGUUCAAAGUUUAAGACAAUAGUUCUGUUUGAGAUUUUGCAAAUUUUCUCAUGUUACACAAGUGUUAAAUGACACAAGCAAUUCUUUAUACUUUUCAGGUGUACUACAAAUAUGAAAGAAAUGAUAUAUUAUCUCUUUUUUCGGUUC